AUGUAUGGGCGUGUGUGUGUUUCUGUUCGUCACAAUUUUUCCAGUGACAUUUCCUGCAUUUUCUUUCCUUUUAAGCGUUGUAUAAUCCCUCAACUCGACAGCAGAGGAAUUAACCUGCUCAUUUCUCCUUUCAGCCAUGCAGUUUGAGCUCGUGCAUGACGUGAAGUGCGGGCGCGCUCUCCCCUUAUGAGCCGGACCCCCGCCCACGCCCACGCCCCCGGCCGCCCAAACUCUCAGCUCGUUCAGCAGCCCCGCCGCCCGCCUCCGCCCCGCCCUUCGCCUCCCAGGGAGGUCGCAGCGCACGCCGCAGGGCUCUUCAAGUCGGGUCAGAGGCUAUCAGGCUGAAAGAGGAUCCUGGCCGGGUCAGUGAGCUCGAGGUCAGGGUCAGCGAGCCGCGGGCAGAGGUCAGAGGGCGGCGAGACUCGUCUGGUCGGCUGGUUAGGUCGCCCGCUGUCGCUCAGCCCUCGGCUCCGGCUGCGUCCGGGCGCCGGGACCGGAGAGUUCCUCCGGGAGGGUCGUCCGGACGCCCUCGCUCGCCCGCGACGAGCUCGAUCCGCGCGUGAGGAGGACGCCCUCGAGGGCUGGUGAGGGUACGCAAGCGACGGAGGCGUCAGGGUGAGCCGAACGCCCUUGGCAGCGCGACACCUGGGAAGUGUCUCCCUUCGCCCGGUCACUGGCUUCCUCACGGCGCGUCCCGACGACCUGCUGAGCCCGCCGACGUCCCCCGGAGGUCCACGCCGCCCCGCCCCGCCCCUCCAUGCUCCCGCUGACGUAGUGGACGACGGCCGGCGACUGAAUGCGCUGCCCUCCGCCCCCCCCACGCUCCCCCGAGUCUGAAUGCGCGCCGUGACACCAGUUGCGCAAGGACCACGUCGCCAGGGCCCCCCUCCGCCCCCCCGCCCGCGCCACGCACACGCAGCAGCUGGAAGUGACGAGCGGAGCCCCAGCGCCGCCCGGGUCAGAUCACGUGACGAGAGCAGCCGCCCGACACGGCCGACGCCGACCUGUUGUUCCUCGCCGCCGCCGGACCAAGCACGCCGAAGGCCCGACGCCGCUCCCUGACCCCUCGGCCCAGGGACCCGCAGCCUCGCCCUGUGCUCUCCUCCUCCUGCGCCGCCCACGCCCGCGGAAGAGAAAUGAGGACAGAGACAGUGACGCAGCGCGGACGAAGCGUGACGACAGCGACGGAGAGAUUCGAAAAGUGUUGAUAAAGGGAGCGGAAGCCACCGGGUGGAGUCCUGUGCUUGGAGCUGAACAAGUGCCAAAUUCCUAUCAUGAUAAAUCCGAGCAGAAUAUGACAGCGACUGGUCUGGCAUGAGAGUGAGUGAAUGCAAAACUCUGCAUGUGGUGCAACAGAGAGAAACCCUCAGAACUCGUAACAUGUGAUACUCGUGCGAUUGGUGUAUACCUAAUACUCAGUUAAACUAUCUCGCUUUGCCUUGUAAAGUAUUCAUAUCAGUAUUAACGGAACGAAGUGCCAAAAUAAGUCUUGAAAAUCGGAUGCUGGUUCUCAACAGCCGCUCAGUUAAAACCGCUCGCACUGGUGUCUUGAUGCGCUCAAGUCCACAGCCAUCGGGACAGCGAACUCACUGGACAAUAUAUGGUCUUCCUCAGAUUCGGAAUAACAGUUUUCAGCAGAGGGCUUCCACAAGCAGGACGAUCCAGUAACACCCCGACCCACAGAGAGUCAGGAAGAGUGAAUUGCUAAUAACUGCAUAACUAAUUACCGAUUUGCUAAUAACCGGAUUACUAAUUACCCAAUUGUCAGUAAUCGAAUUGCUAAUAACGGAAUUAAUAAUUACUGAAAUACUACCCGAAUUGCCAUUAAUCCAAGUUUCCAAAAAUAUAAAAAACCACGUCUCCCCCUGCAGUCCCAUCGCCACUAUCCUUCCACACUCGAAGACCAUUUCGGCGCCAAAGCAGACAGGGCAAGGGAUGCAAAACCCGGCGGGAAGAAGUGCUGGCUCGUUUUCUGCUUCCCCAAAGGGCGUGUCCGGAAGAGUUGCAUAAGCAGAUCCUUUAUUCAUUUUUUGUUCUAUUCACGAUCGGUACAAUCUCGCUUAGGCUUGUGUCCCCUUUCACCCCUAAAAAAGAGGCUCUAAGCGAAAUCUACAUAUAAUAAUAAUUGUAAAAGAGAAAUCGAAAAUUUGAAGGGAAAUUCAGGAAAAAAACGUGAGCACAGUUUCUUGUAGUUUGAGAUUGGAAAGAGAAGUACAGGUUCUUGAAGACCGAGAAGAAAAGUUUUGUGGUAAAAAAAAGAAGAGGUUACUGAAAGCUUAUUAAGACAAACAAUGGGUAGCAGCUGCUCGUCUUCACAGUCUCUGAAGGACAAUGUAUCAGUCAAGAGUGAAGAUUAUGCCAUGGACCAAAAGCCCUCCUCGCAGCACCAGCGCACCGCGACGCCCCCGCCCGUGCGUCCGGUCAGCUCGUCGACUUCGGACAAAAGUUACGACACGGAGAGCUGCGUGUCGGACAAGGCGGGCGGCGGAGGCAGUCGGCAGGCGCCGCGCCCCGCGCUCUCCACCAACGUGCUGGAUAACGACGCCGCCCUUGCCUCGGGUGAGUCGUGGGUUGCGGCUGGGGUGACGGUGGGUUGA